AUGGCCCCCAGCGUCGAAGUGCCCAGCAUCUUUGACGAUGCCACUCGUUCUCCCCCCGCCAGAUCCUCCGUAUUUCGCUCGAUAAUACCGUCAAGAACUCAUAAACGGAGCCCUUCGGACGGAGAGGUCCCAAUGUCGGGGCGCAGCAGUAACAGCGACCCGUUCGCGACUCCGCUCCUCCCGGCGGAUCAUCCCCACGCUUUCCCUGCGCCGCGUCCCCUCACAGAGCGAGCCCACAAUCGAGACACCGCGGGCAAGCCACAGCAGACGGCCGGAGCGGAUCAGAAGAAACCAUUGCACAAAAAGACGAAAAGCGUCGUCUCUCUGAAGUCGUUCGUGAGAGACAAAGCCGCCAAGGAGGCCAAAUCGGCACCUGGAGAGAACCAGGACCCUCAGGAACAUACGCCAAAAAAGGCAAAGUCGACCGCAAGCUUCUCCGUCAUUCUGAAGAGAUCCUAUCGAGGCCGCAAGGAUGAAUCUUCCAAGCAGCUUCGUGACAAGGAAAACCAGAGCCCGCGUACCCCCGUAGAAUCCCCGAGCAGCAUCACAUCACCGCUAUGGGAUUACUUCGGGCCCGCGCAGCCAUUCUCAGACCAGGCGAGAGACGGAUACAUGCCACAGAAAAGCAGAACGUUGGACGAGGAGGUCUCGCUGUACACCCCCAAAUGUUACUCUCCAUCGAAGCAGCGCAAUUUCUACGAUUUCCACCAGCCUACAUUGGCGAAGCCGCGUCCUAAGUCGGAGUGCAUCACAUCCAACGCGUGGAAGGUCAGAGAAAUGUUAGGUUCUGUGCAGCGUACCCCAUCUGGUAAAUCAAUCAAAGGGGCCGGUCUGGAGAAAGUACGAAGCGCCGUUUCGGGAUCCUCCCGUCAGAGCUCGGUAUCAGAUGCUCCACCGAACGGUGACAGGGGACGGGAUGUCAAUCCCAAGAGAGCUUCGCGUGUUAUGGCAGCCAUCUCGGCUUUCAACGCGAAAGACAAGGAGGCUGAAGUGCAGAGGAAGGUGGAGCAAGUCGAUCCAAACGACAUCGACAUCGAAAGCGAGUUCGAAAAGCUUCUGGACUCUCGAAAUAUACCUCAGAACAUGCGCGACAAGAUGAGGUCUCUUGACAGACAUAUAAAGGCGGACUUUAUCCAGAAGGACAAGACCGAAAGCGGCUCAUCUUUCAACUCGUAUUCUAGUUCCUCAGCAACCGACUCUGGACGUCAGGGACGGAAAAAGGACGCCUCUACCGCUGGCAGUCAAUCUGACUGUGACCCAAAGGGCUCUCGCUCACGCUCUAGAAGCCGGACGUUUACAUGGUCUAAGAGCGGUUCCUCGCCCUCCAAGAAGAGGUCGGAGAUUGGGACAUUUUACAAGCGCCCUAAAUCCGUCGACCUGUCGAAACCCGGAUCCUUCAAAUUGUUAACACCAUCGUCCUCCACGACUUCUCUCUCGGCUACUGCCCGUCAGGAUACCGUUGCUGAUCCUAGCGACUUUGUUCACUAUCUUAGGGAAGUCCAGAAGCCUGAGAUUGUCGAGGUUGGAAGACUUCACAAACUACGUCUCCUUCUGCGGAAUGAGACUGUAUGUUGGGUCGAUACCUUUAUCUCGGAGGGUGGGAUGGACGAAGUGGUCCAGCUUCUGUAUCGCAUUAUGAAGGUGGAGUGGAGGGAGGAGCACGAAGAUGCCCUUUUGCAUGAGACGCUGCUCUGUCUAAAAGCUCUAUGCACCACAUCCAUUGCCCUGAAGAAGCUAACUGCGAUGGAAUCUGAGUUGUUCCCUGCGCUUCUCAGUAUGCUCUUCGAUAAGGAGAAGAAAGGCCCUAGCGAGUUUACAACACGCGGGAUCAUCAUCAGCAUUCUAUUCACCCAUCUCUCCACCGCUGCCUCAGAAGAGAUCACCGCCCGCGCAGCCUCGAUCCUGUCCUAUCUCCGAGAUCCUUCUCCACCGGAGGAGAAUCAGCCUUUGAGCUUCAUUGCGGACAUCUACCAGUCUCGCCCCUACCGUGUUUGGUGCAAAGAAGUAACCAACGUCACCAAAGAGGUCUUUUGGAUUUUCUUGCAUCAUCUAAACGUUGUACCGAUUGUCGAAAGGAAUGGUUCUGGUGAGAAUUGCCAGGAGUCUCCAUCCUACUAUAAGAAACACUUUCCUCCGCCAAGGCCCCCUGUUCCCGCUGCGCCGUAUGUCGGCGGCGUGGAAUGGGAUGCUACCAAUUACAUUGCCGCCCAUCUUGACCUUAUGAAUGGUCUGAUCGCGUCCUUGCCAACCAUGGAAGAACGCAACAACCUACGCAAUGAGCUGCGAUCUUCUGGUUUCGAGAAAGUUAUGGGCGGGAGCCUACGUACCUGCAAAGAAAAGUUCUACUCUGCCGUUCAUGACUGUCUGAAGACAUGGGUGGCUGCUGCUGUCGAGGAUGGAUGGGCCUAUACCUAUGUCAGGGAGGGCCCUCCUCGAGCCGGUGAGCCAGGAUCGCCUACGAAGUCCCCAGUGAAGGCCGGCAGUCCGCAGAAGAGCCGGAUCAAUGAUGAGCCACCCAAACUACUGCUUGCCGUCGAUUUAAGCAGUGGCAACGAGCAGAAGCGAGACGGUGACCUCGCGAGCUGGCUGUGA